UAAUAAUUAAGAAAUGAGCAACGGAACGUAGAUUCCCGGCGUCGAUAAAAAUUUGCCCCAUUUAUUUUCUAGGGCUUCCAGGUUUCCCGCGAGAUUAUGGAAGCUGAAGAUUACGGAAAAAUGUGCUUCAGGUCAAAAGACAGCCACCAAUCCGUCGGCAAUGCUUGCUGGUCUUCUUACCAGGAGAGCAAAGCUCCACGACGAGCUUCGGAGUAUUGAGAAACAGGUUUAUGACAUGGAGACUAAUUACCUACAGGAUCCAAGCCAAUGUGGGAAUGUAUUGAAAGGUUUUGAAGGAUUCCUGUCUGCAUCUAAGAGUACUGCUCUUUUAAAGCGGUCUAGGAAGUUUCAGCUUGAAGAUAGGCUCUUCUCACUGUCUUCUGUUACCUCCCCUGCUGCUGAAGAGCUUGCAGCUGGACGUGAUGAUGGGAGAUCCGACUUAGGUCCCGGCAGAUCUAAAGGCGGUGGCAUAUAUUCCAAUGGACAAGGGAAACCCAAAAAGGGAAGACCGACCCCGAGGGAUGCAAAGAGAAUGAGACAAUCAAGCGAGCAAGAUUUUGACUAUGACGAUGAUCCGGACUCGACGUUGUGAAUGCUGUAAAUGAAGCCUCUAAUGGCAGCAUCUACAGAAAUCCACUGACUCGGCUCAUCCUUACGGAGGCCAACGUAGGGAAGUGUAGCUAUUUAUCUGUGUUUGAUCAUGCUUGUUUAGAUUAUAAAUGAAGGGGAUACGGUCGGAUCUUCGAUCUAUCAUUAGCUAUGUGAGCGAUUCUCUU